CUAAAACGCAUUGAUGAAAAUGAUUUAUUUUUGAUAGCUCCAUUAUGAAGUCCAUGAUAAUAAAUUCGCUUAGAAAUUGACGCGUAAUUUCGAGAAAAUUGAUGAAUAAAUUUAUGAUUAUGAGUAAAACGUGUUUUGAAUAGGGUGUCAUGAAACUUUGAUAUAGAUAUUAUAAUUAUAGUGUAUAUAUUGUCUUUCAUACUGAGAAAUGAUUUUGUACAGGAAAGGAACUCUGUCUAUACGCCUCCUCAGCACACCUAAACCACUGAACUAAUUUGGAUAAAAGUUAGUACAAACGUCCGCAGAAUGGACAUAAUAGUAUUCAAUGCAGGAAAUCUACGGAAACUUGAAAUAUGCGGCUAAAAUCCUUCGGCUGUCUACCUUUUCUGUUGACUACGCGGAUGAAGCCGCGAGCGAAACGCUAGUUACUUUUAAACUAUUGGAGAGAAUAAAAAUUACGACCGACUUUAUCAAGAACAUAGCGUGUUAUGUCAGUACUAUAUUAUACAUUAGCAGGUAUAUCAAUAUUCAUAAAAAACAUUUCAGACAAACUAAAACAUCAUGCUUACAAACAAAUAUAUCAUGAGUAAGUCGAGUUGACCAAUUAUGCGACAAACACACAAUGAGUACUAUCAAAAUUAAAUCCCGAAAUUAUCAAUAAAUACUUUACGAUAAGAUAGCCAAACCCAAAUAGCUUUGAGUCUUACAGUAAUACUAGGUUCUUAACAAUGAAGACCUAUCUUAUAUUUCUAUUUGCAACAAUUCUUGCAGCCUCAGCUAUAAAACAAACGUUUGAAGGUUAUAAAGUGUACAAAAUAAUUCCUAGGACUCAAGAUGAGGUGGAUGUUGUUAAAGAUUUACAAAAAAAUGGCAUUGGACAACUGUGGGACGACCAAGUGCAUAUCAACUACGAAGCAAGGAUAAUGGUACCACCAAAUAAAAUUGACGAUUUCAAAAACGAAAUGGUCCGUACAAAUAUAGGCACUGAAGAAUUAAUUAGUGACAUGCAAAGAGUUAUUGAUGAUCAGCUACAGCCAGUGAAGAGAAACUCAAGAACUGGCAGUUCAUUUCUAGAUAUGACAUGGGACAGAUAUCAUAAUCUAGAUGAAAUAUACAAAUGGCUCGAUGAUGUAGCUGCUUCUUAUCCAAAUAUAGUUAAAACAGUAGUAAUGGGUAGAUCGUUUGAAAACCGAGAGAUUAAAGGUAUUGUAAUCAAUUACAAACCAGACAGAAAGGACAAAGUUAUUGGUAUGCUGGAAGGUACACUACACGCAAGGGAGUGGAUAUCACCAGCUACAGUUACUUGGAUCGUUAAAGAAUUUUUGACUAGUAGUGAUCCAGCUGUAAGAAGUUUAGCAGAGGAUAUAGAAUGGCACGUGUUUCCUGUAGUUAACCCUGAUGGAUAUGUUUAUACAUUCACACAUAACAGAAUGUGGAGGAAAAAUCGUGGAACAAGGAACUUUACAUCUUGCGCUUCAUCUGGCGUAGCUGAUGAUUUAAGCAAUGGCGUUGAUUUGAACAGAAAUUUUGAUUUCGUUUGGAUGUCAACUGGAGCAUCAGAUAACCCCUGCUCAACAACCUUCGCGGGAUUAGCACCAGCAUCUGAACCAGAAACAGUGGCUAUUGUGAAUUAUGUGAAGAAUAUUAAUGGUCAAGGGAAAUUUAUCUAUUACUAUUCCUUCCAUUCUUUCACUCAACUGAUUGUCGUACCAUAUAGCAAUGUUACUGGCGUGGACAUUCUAACGGCGGAAAAUUAUGGCGAUAUGUUUGAAAUAGCAGCCAGAGGUGCAGCCAAGUUAAGACAACGUUUCGGGACUGUUUAUAGAUAUGGCGUCGCGCAUGAUACUCUUUACGUAAUGAGCGGGACCAGCUUUGACUGGGUGAAACUGGAGACCAACGUGCCUGUUAGUUACCUCAUUGAGUUAAGGGACUUGGGAGAAUACGGUUUCUUGUUACCAGCUGAGCAAAUCAUACCCAACAAUUUGGAAAUUAUGGACGCCCUAGUCGAAAUGGAUAGGGUGACGCGACUGAUGGGCUAUUACUCUGGAUCAGUCCCAGUUAUUUGCACGUUGAGUGUGGUCGCUCUGUGCGCUGUUGUGUCGCUUUUGAUGUAA